GUUUAGGGUAUGGCGGAGCUCCGGCAUCGCGCGCACAAGAAGGUGAUCUCUGAUCAGCAGCGGCGCCGCGAUGUGGCGCUCGAUCGGCAGAAACAGCAGCGCCGCGAUCUCCAGCUGCAUUUCCGGCAGCUCGCGACGGCAUUGGAGGAUCAGCGCGUUGUGGAGGAGGAGGAGCACGAAUGGGGUCUCGCAGAGGGGGCGAGAUUACAGGGGAAAGACGCCAAGAAAUGGUUCUCUGGGCAAUUCAUGCUUCCGGAGUGGCUGAUUGACAUACCCCUAGGCCUCAAAAGUGACUGGUAUGUCAUGGCUAGACCAGCAGGAAAGCGGUGUAUCGUCGUGUCCUCUAGAGGGACUACAGUUAGUAGGCUUCGCAAUGGACGAGUCUUACACUCUUUUCCUUCGGCUCUGCCAAGUGGCGCUAAAGUUUCGAGUGGUCCCAUUCAAGGAAGUUCUUCGUUCACAAUUCUGGACUGCAUUUUCCAUGAGGCCGAUGAAACGUACUAUGUUCUCGACAUCAUGUGUUGGCGUGGGUAUUCGCUGUACGACUGUAACACGGAAUUCAGACUCUUUUGGAGAGAUUCCAAAAUCGUAGAGACGGACGCGCUCAAGCCGCCUUCAACUCAUCACCGUUAUCGCUUCAGCUUGCUUCCUGUUUACGAAUGUAACGCAAAAGGUUUGGAAGCUGCCUACAGGGAAGAACAGACUUUCUUAAGAGAUGGAAUUCUUUUUUAUAACAGGCAUGCGCAUUACACAGUGGGAUACACACCGUUAGCGUUGCUUUGGAAGGAUUCUCAGUGCAGCCAAUAUUUGCUCGACACUGAUGCCAAAGGCGAGGUUCCAUCCCUUCAACAGGUAGUCCUCGAACUCAAAUCUGAUGGCACUGUUGGUACGAGUGAUGAUCCUUCUGUCAUACUGGGGACCAUGCCAAGACAAGUCCUUGAACAGAAUCCUACAUUUCUGAAACCGGGGACAUUACUUCGCUUUGCAAUUGGAACGGACGGCUUGAAAAUUGUCGACGGGAAGCCUUUUGCAGCAGACAUUAAUUACCAAGGACCUGCGAAUAAAUAUCGCCCCUGUGCUGAUAGCUGCACCAAGAUUCUUUUCCAGUAUGCUGCUCGGCACUCACCGAUCAACAUAUCGGACAUAGUGGCAGCUAUAGAAAACCAGGACGUGGAGAUGCAAUGACGUCGUCAAAAUAGGUGAGGCUAUCUUGUUUUCUCCUUUAAAAGAACGUUUUUGCAAUCCAAAUCUUAAAGUGAUGAGACUUAACAGGCUUCUUGGAGACUGCUCGUUCGUAUUGCAGUCCGGAGAUUGUCAAGUUCGUUGAAAUGAGCUUUAUGUUUAUCAGGUAUUUUUGAUGUUUAGGUGGGAUCCUGAUGCUAAAAUUGAGCGCUUUAGAUCGGAUUAAAGCCAAGAAAAGGAAGCGAUCGUUCAAAGUCCUAAAAAGAAAUGGUUGUAUAGCUUGACUUGAGCAGUGCCCGAAAUCUUAUCCCGAUCCAACGGUGGGCAAGACGACCAUAUCCACAAUCUUUUCCUUUCCACGGCUUUGGAUCCACGUGGCAGCAAGGCUGGUUCUUGUGGCCGGCAUUCCACUCGAGGGGAUUUCCGCACGUGACAUGGCUGAUAUUUUGGCUCUCUUUUUUCCAUCCAAGCGUAUAGAAUAAUCACGACCCAUUUGCUGUGGAUAAGUAAAUGCCAUGUCAGCAAUAUCGGUCAUGAACCCCCGUCGUUUUUUAGAUUUCCUGCUACUUUAUUUUAUUUGCCGUGCCACAAUGCAUGGCUGGCCGGCUGCCACGUUGCGUCGCUUUA